AUGGACGUCCGUCGGCCCGCGUCCAUUUCGUCGUAUUUCGCCCACCCGCUGCCGUCCUCGCGUCCCUAUCGCCUCUUGCUCCGCGUCUACGCGGCUGAAGGGCUCCAGCUCGUGGCCAGCCAGGGCAGCUACUGCAAGGUCUACGUGGGCCACACGGACAUGGUCCACGGCAGCAGCACGUUCGCUCGCCGCACGCAGCAGCUCACGUCGUCGGCUUCGUCGCACAGUUUGACCGGUCUCUUGCACUCCAGUCGUAGUAAUUUUAGUAGUAGUCGCAGUCUCUUAUCGUCGAGGGAUAAUGUGGAGAAAAAUAAGCUCGGGACGUCGGUUAUAAGCGUACGCAAGACGCAGACCCGGAAAAUCACCUCGCGGUCCUUGGCUCCUGUGGUCUGGAAUGAAAAAUUUGACAUCCCUGUAGCGAAUUUCGACCAAGACGUGCUGAGUAUUCGCGUCAAGACAGCGAGACUCAUGGCUUCAUCAGCGAUUGGCGCGUGUUCUUUGUCGUUGAAGCACGUGGUGGCAGUAGGAGCUCCGACGCUCGAUCGGUGGGUAGAGUUGAAGCGCGGGACGAAGAACGUGGGCCGCAUUCGCCUGCAGAUGCGACUCGUGGACGUCUCGCCGUCCAGUGGACAAGAAUGUGAUGACGCUGGAGCUGAUGGUAGAGAGCAGCAAGAGCGGGAUACGCACUUGAGUGUCCCGGCUGAAGAAACAGUGGAAGACAUUGCAGCGCGGUCGAAGAAAUCGUCCCGACGGGGCCACAAAUACCAUCGAUCUGCACGGCGGUUUGAUGGCCGACCGGUGACGAAUACAGCACUGGCGAGCAGCUGUAGUACCAACAGCAGCAGCAGUAGCAGAAGCAGUCGUCGCAGUAGUAGCCACUUGGCUAAUGGCAAAGAUGGCAACUUGAAGCGAGUGUCAACUGCACGUCGACCACUUCGGAACCAUAGUGGCAGUGCGACCUCGAGCGAGUCGAUUGAUGACUCGGACCCGGUUAGCGACGCAUCGGGUUCGCCCGUCGUGUCUCCUAGACACGAGCGAUCGUCGAGUGAAGACGGAUCGGUGUUUUGCGACAUGGAGUCCAGUUUUGCAAUGGAUCGACGAUCGACAAAGGGAGCGACUUUGUCUCCUUGGAUGACAGCAGCUGCUGUGAAAUCGUUUGCGCGUAUGCGGAAGUCUGAAUUAGAGUGCUCAAGGAUGAACAUUGAUGACUUAUCACGAGGGUCUAGGACAUCAGGGUCUUCGGGAAAUGUACACGGGGAUGGUCGAGAAAGUGACGAUGAUUCGGACGGGUGUGGUUACCGUUGUAGCUCAAACACGGGUUGGGCAGACAACUAUACUAAAUCGAGCAUGUCAUCGAGCAUUUCAGACCCUCGUGGGAGUUCCCGAAUGGACUUUGAUGAUGACGAUGACGACGACGACGAAUGGAACAUAGGCACGACAAAAGAGUCGGGGACCAACAGACCUGCGUCGGUUGCGCUAUCCAGCGUGGCCUCUAGUGCAUUUGACGCACGUGAGAGUUCUCGGCUUAGCUUUUGGGACAGUGAAAGUGAAGAUGAGGAAAGUGAUGAUGUCAAACUGGAAAAAGCGCGCGAGCAGCAGCGACAACAGUGGCAGAUAGAGCAGCGAAAGAAACAGCUUGCGGCGAUUGAAGAAUUGCCUCAGUCCGUAUCAGACGACGAGAGCGAUGAGGAUGAUGACGAUCAGGACGGACUUGAGUUCGAUUUGUCUCGGAUGCAGUUCACACCCACACUUGCGACGCUUCUGACUCGCGAGAGUAAUAACGUGCUGAUAGAGGAGGAAGAUGAUGAGGAAGGUCCAGAGUCUCACAAGAUGAGUGAGGAGUUCGUGCCUAUUCUCGAAGGUUCUUCACUGAUGUCUGUCGAUUUCGUGGACGGCGCAUCGCGUUGGUCAAGUUUUGGUUGA